CGUUGUGUUCCAUUUUUACAUUACCCAUCCAUCCGCUCAUCAAAUUUUCUUUCACAUUUCCCCAAUCACAAUCUUUUACCAUUACCAUCCAAGAUUUUGUUGUUUUCCAUUCUAAAACCCUAAACCCGCAUCACAUUCAAUCAAACUAACAAUAAACGAAACAAAGCAAACAAAAAUUUUCAAUAAUGACAUCACUUUCCAGAACUUCUUCAUCGUCGAUUCCAUGUAGAACGAACGCUAAUAUGAGAAAAUCCGAACUCUGCGAUCCCACAAGGAGAAGUUUCAAUGGAAGCCCUUUUACAACGCCGGCUGUUAUCACAAAUCCCAAAGCAUUUAACCUCAACACUCCGGCUAAUAGCCCUUCAGAUUUUUCUCGAAGGCAUUCAACUGACAGAGAAAGUGUAGCUUCUUUGCGUGAUCCCAACAAGGAGAAUUAUAUAGACCAGAAUCCGAAACCAACAAGACUCAGAUCACCAGCUGUUUCAAAGGGUAAAAAGAAUUUCAUGGCACCGACAAUCUCGGCUGCUUCGAAGAUCAAUGCGUCACCUAGAAAGAAAAUCUUGGUAGAGAGAAACGAGCUGGCUCGAUCUUCUGUUUCAUUCUCUGAUGUCAAAAGUCUAAUCAUGCAACAUAAUGAAUCAACAUCGGAGAUUGCUUUGAAGCCGAAGAAGGUUUCAUUUUCUGAUGUUAAAAGCAUGAUCAUGGAAGAUAAUGAAUGUAAGGAGCCUUUGGAAGGCAAUGCCGAUUCGGUUCAAGUGAUUCCCAGCUUUGAGAUUAGUCCUAAAGUUUCAAUUUUAGCACCACUUGAUGCAGAUCCAUUGAUGAUUCCUCAUGACCCCCAAACCAAUUAUCUUUCUCCAAGGCCUCAGUUUCUUCAUUACAGGCCAAAUCCUCGAAUCGAGCUUUAUCAGGAACGAGAUGGCAAGCAACUCAAGGAGUGCUUAGCAACGGAAAGCUAUUACGACACUGGAGAAACAGAGUCCGAAGGUUCCCAGAGAGAAUCUGAGGAUGCUGCUGCCACGGUUGAAGAGAGUUUUGAGGCCAAAAGAAGGUCCAAGCAACGUUUUUGCACUAAAUCAAAGUUCAUUGUUUUGCUUAUGGUUUUGGCCUUUGCUUACUUUUCAGUUCUAGCAGCUAAUUCUCCAGCUUUUACUUCUAGUGGAUUGGAAGAAUUAAGCCUAUUAAAAUUCCAUGUGCCGCCUCAAAUCACCACUUUUGCAAAAGCUAAAUUUGAGGUUUUCACUGAAAAUCUUUCCAGUUCGAGACAAGGGGACAAAUUCAGUCUCUUUGAAUAUGCUAACUUGAGUCAUUUGCUAGAGAAUGAGGAUCAUAUGGUUGAUGAGGGGCACCACCACGGUCUCAUGUUUGAUCACAGUGUAAUAAUAAAUGAUCAGGGAGAGGUUGAAGCCAAUGAGGCAGUAGAUGAGGAUGAAGAAGAGAUGGAAGAAGAAACCGAUGCAGGUGAAGAUGAUGAAGAAGAAGAUUUUAAAAGCUCAGAUCUGGUUCCAGAAGCUGAAACUGAUGCAACGGAGCAAGAGAUCAAAGCUGAGAUGAUUGAACUUGAUGAUCAAUUAGAUGCAGGGUGCAAUGUGGACCUUAAAGCUACUGAAAUUAAACAUGAUAUAUCCAAAACUUGGGGCCCUGAGGGUGAUGAAUCGAGCAACAUUGCUGAAACAAUGUUCCCUGAGGAAGAUUCCACUUACAGCUCUCAAAUUUCAGUAGAUGAUUCCACAAUCAUUGGACCAGAGGACCGGUUUCUCGUGAAGAAUACGACGGGUUUUGCUUUGCUUGUGUUGUGUCUGUUAGCAGCUUCAGCUUUAGUCUACACAAAGAGAGGAAAGCCUUCAGUGGCAGCAGGUUUAAAGGACUCAUCAUCCGAGCCAAAUGACAAUCAUCAGAGCCAAGAAAGGAGGAAGACUACUUACAGGAGAGAAUCUACGGCUUUAUCCGAUAACUCCACGGGUUCGUCGUCCUAUGGUAGUUUUACCACGUACGAUAAGAUACCCAGCAAGCAUAGAGGAAGAGAAGAAGGGAUAGUGACCCCAGUUAGGCGUUCAAGCCGAAUCCGAAACCAAGUCAUGACUUCUCCAUGAUGAUGGAAAGAGCUUGUGUAGUUAGUUGUUACAAUUUGCACUGCUGUGCAAUGAACCACUGUUCUUGGGAAGGAUGUUGACACAGGGUAGUGCUUCAUCAACUCUGAUUCUUACCAAUCUAAUCUAAUUUCCUUUUUUUUUCUUUUCUUUCUUAAUAUGAAAUCCUUUUUAUAUGUAAUCUUCUACAGUUUUUUAGUGAGUGCAAUUUGAAGGAUAACAAAAUUGGUUGGUUUGAAAUUACAGGUUUCUAUACCAUAUUUCCUUGCCAAAUUGGCUUCAAA